AUGGAUAAUAAUUUCAGGGAUUAAUCAGGUCAUUCACUUCUGGUUCCCUUGCAAUAAGUUGCAGCUUGUUGAUUGAUAAGCAUCCAAAUUAAAAUGGCCCAUUGCAGAGUAUUUAUUUCGGUUUCUUUCUACGCUUAUAUAUGGGCAUUUCUGCGUACUUCUACAGCUAGUUCACAUUCCACUGAUAUUUAUUGCUUAAAAUCGAUUGAAGAUUCUGUGGAAGACCCUGACAAUUUGUUAAGAUCUUCCUGGAACUUCAAUAACGAUUCAGAUGGCUUCAUAUGCUCCUUUACAGGAGUUCAGUGCUGGCAUCCUAACGAGAAUAAAGUCGUCAGCCUCUCACUACCUAAAAUGAAGCUGAAGGGCCGGUUCCCUCGAGGGAUUGAGAACUGUACCAGUUUAACAGGCUUGGACCUUUCAGGUAAUGAGUUCCAUGGACCGAUUCCAUUAGACAUCGGGAAAAGGAUGCCAUAUGUAACAAGACUAGAUCUAUCCUUCAACAAAUUUUCUGGUGAAAUCCCAUCAAGUAUUGCAAAUUGCUCUUAUCUAAAUGAUCUCAAUCUUGAGAACAACGAAUUAACUGGCCGUAUCCCACAACAAAUUGGCCAGCUUGAUCGGAUUAAGACCUUCAGUGUUGCAAACAAUCGAUUAUCAGGGCAAGUGCCAAACUUUGCGAAGGGCAGUAUCCCAGCUGAAAACUAUGCUAAUAACAUGGGACUCUGUGGAGGGCCUUUGGAAGAAUGCACAAAGCCAAGGAAAAUCAACUGGAAAGUGAUUGGUUAUACUCUUUCUGCGGCUUCAGUGAUGGUUGUACUAGCUUGUUGCGUUCCUUGGGUGCGUGUGGGGGAGAAGAAGAAAAGGAGGAUCACCGCAGCGGAAAUUAUCAUACUGAUGAUAGGAAGGAAGAACAAGAAAAGAGAGGAUGAGCUUGAGGAUGGUUUUGCAAUGAUAGAGGUCCAACAAGAAACAGAGAUUUCGAGGUUGGAGAAAUUUGUUACAAGAAUGAAUUAUAUAGAUCUUAGCUAUGCUACCCAAAAUUUCAGUCAACACAAUAUCAUUGGACACGGACAAAUGGGGACAAUGUAUAAGGCAACCCUUCCAAAUGGUUGGUGCCUCGCAGUGAAAAGGUUGCAUGACUCUCAACAAUUUGAAGAACAGUUCAUAUCUGAAUUGAAGACAUUAGCCAGAUUCAGACACGAUAAUUUAAUUCCAAUAUUGGGAUUUGCCAUAGAGUUGAAGGAAAGGCUUCUGGUGUACAAAUAUGUCUCCAAUGGAAAUCUUUUCGAUUGGUUGCAUUCAGCAGAAGACAAGAAGAAGAUUCUUGAAUGGCCUCUGAGGAUGAAAAUUGCUGUUGGAUUAGCAAGAGGCUUGGCAUGGCUUCACCAUCGAAACAGAUUCCGCUUGGCACAUCUCAACAUAAACUCAAAGUCUGUUUUACUUGACAAGAAUUUUGAACCUAAGUUAUCAAAUUUUGGAAGGGCAAGGAUAAGUUCACCUAUAGAAACUGAACUCUGGGAAUCGAGUUUUCUGAAAGAAGAUGUCUACAACUUCGGAAUUGUGAUUCUUGAGCUGAUCAAAGGUAAACAGCUUACUUCGUCAGACAGUUCUGAAAGGAGCUUGGAGGAAUAUACAAGUAAUAUCUCUACCAGCUCUGCUUCUUCUCUGUAUGAUGCUAUUGAUACGUGUUUGAUAGGGAAAGGACAUGAUGAUGAGAUUUUCCAGCUCUUUAGAAUUGCUUGUAAUUGUGUUGAACACUUGCCAGAGCGAAGGAAAAACAUGCUUGAAGUGUACGAAAUGAUUAAAGACGUCAGAGAGACACAAGUCCUCUCAUAAUGAUCCACAAAAAUCUGUGGAAUCCAAAAUUGCUUCACCAAAUUUCAGAGAUGAAUGAGGCUGAAAUAACAGAGAAUGCAAUAAAACAGAGCAAAAAUAUAUGGCCAUUUUUCUUCUUUAACUGUAUUUUAGGUUCAAGGAAAUGAAGGCAAGGUAUGUAGGUUAGUCCUGAAGAAAGCAUGCAAAAUAUGUACAAGGAAAUCUUAUCUCCAGUAUUAGCCUGAACUUGAUAACUUUGUGUACUGUUCUUGAAAUGAUGAUGUUAAUUUGUUGAGAGGUUUUUUUUUUUUUUUUUU